UACACAUGUUUGGUGCAUCUUCGUACAUGGAUCUGUUGUCGAUCACCCAAGAUAUCUAUUAUUAGGACGUGCGUUCCCUAAGGCUUGCGGUGGACGCUUUGAAGGAGUGAGAGUUCCAGCACGAAUAGGUGCUCUGCACGUUUGAUAUGUCGGAGGAUGCAGGUCGCCCGCUGGAUCCUUCUCGAGACCGACACCGAGAACCAGCAGAUGAGAAGCCUCGCCGUCGGGGAAGCCGCCCUAGCGGAGCCGCAGGAGGCGGCUCGAAGAAGUCCACUCGCCGAAAGUCUUCUUCCCGUGCAGCAGCCCCCGCUGGGGCAGGAGGGGAGCGUGUUCGGGAGCACGGCAGCGAUGGUCCUCGUCGAGAAAGCGGGGGGCUGGCGGCCAGCCCCGACCUUGCUCUUGCUCAAGACAAAGGUUCCGUACGGCCAGCUGAGGCUGGGUCGUCUCGCACUAGGCCAGGGGCGAAGGGGGUAAGAAGACGGAUUGGUGGCACGGAUCAUGACGGCGGGCAGGUACAUGCGGCACUAGGGGAAGAGAGGCACCAAAUAGCCCAGCGGGACCAGCCCGUAGCCGAGAGAGAACUCGGUGGCAGUGGAGGUGGCGUGGAUCGGGCCAUCUUGCAAAAAUGGAGAAGUGAUGCAUCCGCUGCCGUUGCCGAUGAUGUUGGACGGAAUCCAGCGCUACCCGAUGGGCGGGUUGCACCACAGGUCCCACCUGAUAUGGAGGUCGAGGACGAAGAUUGCGGCGGUGGCUACGACGACGAAUGUUUCGAGGAGUAUUCAGAUGAGUUUGACGGGGAAGGGGAAGACGAGGGGCCUCCACCGCCAGUCGGCAAAGCCACCGCCGCGUCUGUCACUCGCCCUGGUUCUGCCCGGGGCGAAGGGGGAGGGGCGGUGGUGUCUCCGGCUCUAAAGAUGAGAAGACCGGGGGACAACAUCCAGGCGCCGGACGACAAGGUUCUCGAAGAGUUGAGGGACUCUCUUCGCGAGGAGAACAUCGCCGCGAGAGAACGAAAGGUGGCCAGACCAAGCCCGAAACCCUCAGAAGCCGCCACGGCCGAUGUGAAGUCUUCCUCAGACGCGAAGGCGGUUAGGGGAGCAAAAGGUGCGAAGGGCUCUAGGAGCGCUGCAGCGGCCGCGGCAACCGGGGGCGAGGCUUCUGCUGCCGUAGCGAAGGGGAAGUUCUCCGUAGAUGCGUCUGCUGACGUCAAGCGCAGCCGAAAGGGCAGCGGUUUCAAGAUGGCCGACGCGAAGGCGCUGACGCGUGCGCUGGCUAAAGGAGACCCCCGUGCAGAGCGCGUGAGAGCCAUCCGCGGGGCCUCCAGGCUGGAAGUGGAGUCGGUCCGGCUGUUCGACCAAGUCCCUAUUCUGCCGAUAGACCUGUACCAUCGCCGACUGAGGGGGCAGCCGGCGUUGAUACGCCAGGCAGGGACGCAGACCAACGACGAUGCGCGCUCCGUGGAGGGGCAAACCGAUGAGAUCGUCCAGUCCCACAAGGAGGUCCAGUUCCACCUUGGCCACGACGACACCGCCCUGGAAAACCUCAUGAGGAGGUUGCGGUCCAACCGCCGACCCCCGGAACGACACCAAGCUAAAGGCGAAGAAGGGGGCCAAACACAGCAGCGGACGGUGGUGGACGGCGGCGAAGACGUUCCAGCUAGCGGGCCGGGGUCGGCGACAACGACCUUCAAGGGGAUCUACAACGGCAACGGCAUGGUAGCCGGCACCGAUCCCGGCGAGCAAGAAUACCCGGCACCACGCUACGGGACCGAUUUCGACGGCAGCAGUGGCAGGGUGUCCUCCGCAGGAGGAUCAGACACUCUUCCGCCACCUCUUCGACUCGGAAAAUUCUUGCGGCAAGCCAGCGUUGUCAUGGAGACACUGUGCGAGGAGAACCUGCUCCACGCGCCUGUGAAGCGGCGGGGGGGAAGCCAUCCCCUAGACCCGGCAAGAGGCGAACACGAGGACGCAGUCGGUCGCGAACGGGGCGCGCUGUUCUCGGGAGCGGGCGGCCGAGAGGGAGAGGGGUGGGAAGAGGUGGGCGCAGAAGGAGGGGUGUUCGGCGCUGGUGCCCGCGGUGCGACUGCUGCAGCUACGGAAGACACUGGAUCUUCCACGGCGGAGGAAAAGCGAAGGCAAGGGGGCGAUGAGGGUAGGGUCAGAGGGCGUGGGGCGGGGGCGCUUCUCGAGGGGUCCGAGGUUGUCGGGGUGGAGUUCAGCAAGGUGAAACGGUCGAUGCUCGUCACCGCGCACGCGAGGCCGGUGGGGCGGCGGAGACGAUCAGAAGACGGUGGCGGCGGUGGUGGUGGGGGGGGGACGGAUGAACGAGAGGCUGUGUUGGAGGGCUGCGGGGUGGUUUGUGUCUGGAACACCGAGAAUGUCCAGGGUGCCCCCGUGAGUGUUCUCUGUGGGGAGGGUCUUUUCUCCUGCCUGUGCCUGGCGCGGCACCAGGCGCACGUCGUGAUCACGGGAACCGAAGAGGGGUGCUUGCUGCUGUGGGACCUUAGAGAGACGGCGUCGGAAGGUCGCGCGGCGGAGUCACGAGAACUAGGGCUACACUGCGGCAUCCGUGCGCCCACGUACGUCACCGCCGGCGGUGAUGGUAGGGGCGAGGACGGAGGACUAUCGAAAGCCGGAUGCGGACACUCCUCAAAGGUCGUGUCCGUCGUUGCCAUCCCCUCCCCGACAGGAGGAGUAGGGAUGGAUGGUGGCGGCGGCGGGAUAGGAGGCAUGAUUUCCCUCGGGGACGCCUGCUCCUUCCAGGUAGCUUCGCUGGACGACAGAGGGACGGUGUCCAUCUGGCUUGCAAGUGAGGUCCCGAGAGGGGACGAGGGAGGGUCCCAGACUGACCUGGGUCUCAGCCCGGGAGGGCGAGUACGCCUCGCGCUCUCCAAGGCGUUGCGUCCGGGUGAUCAACCCUCUCUGGCGGCCGCAGUGCGUCCGCGAGGCGGCGGCGGUGCAGUACCUGUGUCGGUCCCUCGCUUUUCAACCUCAACAAGAAACAGGCUGGACCAGACCACCGACACUACCGCUUCCUCGGCUGCUGCCGGGUCGGCCAGAGCUCUGGCGUUUUCACCUGAGGACCCUAACCGAUUCCUUAUCGGAGACUCUUCGGAUCGGGUCACACAUGCCUCCCGCCUUGGAAAGCCGCCUCCGCCACGUGCGUACGGGCCCCCGCGGCGGCCAGGAGAACGUCGCCUGGAUGGGGGCGGCGGAGGCACGGGAGAGGAACGGGAGGGGGCGAUGGGCGGAGUGACUUGCUUGGCCUUCAGCCCCUUUUUCCCAAAGUACUUUUUGGCCGGAUGCGGAGAUGGAAGCGUGCGCUUGUAUAACGAGGCCUCUGUCGUUCCGCUUACGACGUGGGAAGCAGGGUCAACCGCCGCCGCUGACAGCAGAAGAAAUGGCGGUAGCAGUAGCAGUUGGCCAGCCGCGAUUUCAUCUUUGGCUUGGUCAGAACAUCGACCGGCGGUGUUCUUCGCCCUUGAUGUUCUCGGGAUGGUGCACGCAUUCGAUCUCCUCGAAGACGAUGCCGGCCCGGUGGCAUCCGAGGGCUGUCCCGACGCUAGCGUUGGCGUCAUGGAACGCUCGAGGUCGCCAACGAAUCCACCAGCAGCAGUUGUAGAAGACGCGUCGUCGUCGUCGCUCGCGCUACCCACGCUAGCGCUUUCGAACGAGACCCUCGCCACGGGAAGGAGGCCGAAGGUAGCGCUCGCCUUCGGAGGGAGCGUAUUCGCGAAGACACUGGCUGGCAGAAUGUUUCGCCAGUCGCGGUCACCGCCAGUUGCUGACGGAGUAGAGAGGUCAGAAGCGGGUGUCCCAGAAGUUAGCGAGCGGGAACGCAUGAAAGAGUGGCUAGGGGAGGUGCUUUGGGCGUGA